UGCUCAGCCAGUCAGCUCGGCCAACCUCGCAACUGCCAAGCAGAAGACAGGAAGCCAGCCUGGCUCCUGGCUUUGGGGCUGGGAACUGUGGGAGGAGGGCCCAAGCCCCACUGGAGGCAACCUUUAGUGUCAAGACCCCAGGAACCAAUCCUCUGUCUGGCCAGAGGGACACAGGCUUGUGGCAUUUCUCCAGAGGCUCUCUAGGGGGAGGGAGGACCUCCCUGGAACCAUAGGCCUAGCCUCUGGCCCUGGUAACACCCAGCCUGGGCCCGCCUGAGGGCCAACAAGUCAGGGCAGGGGGCAGCAAAUUUUUAACUCGGAACGUUGAUCAUUAACGGGGGUAGGAAAGAGUCCAAACUCAGCAUUCCUUGAGGGCAGAGACCAGCUCGAUCUCGAGCCUCCUGUGGAGAUGCUGGUCCCCCGAGUUUGGUCCUCUGUGAGGCCGGGGGUGAGCAAGGUCUUGUCCAGGACCUUGGGGGGCUGGCCCUCAGGGGAAGGGAGGAGGAUGGACCUCUCGGGCAUCUACCCACCUGUGACCACCCCUUUCACUGCCACGGCCGAGGUGGACUAUGGGAAACUGCAGGAGAAUCUGCACAAACUGGGCACCUUUCCCUUCCGAGGCUUCGUGGUCCAGGGCUCCAAUGGCGAGUUCCCCUUCCUGACCAGCAGUGAGCGCCUGGAGGUGGUGAGCCGUGCACGCCAGGCCCUGCCCAAGGACAAGCUCCUGCUGGCUGGCUCCGGCUGCGAGUCUACUCAGGCCACGGUGGAGAUGACGGUGAGCAUGGCCCAGGUCGGGGCUGAUGCCGCCAUGGUGGUGACCCCUUGCUACUAUCGUGGCCGCAUGAGCAGCGCUGCCCUUGUUCACCACUACACCAAGGUGGCUGACCUGUCUCCGAUUCCUGUGGUGCUGUACAGUGUCCCAGCCAACACGGGGCUGGACCUGCCGGUGGAUGCGGUGGUCAUGCUUUCCCAGCACCCCAAUAUUGUGGGCAUCAAGGACAGUGGGGGUGAUGUGACCAGGAUUGGGCUGAUUGUUCACAAGACCAGGAGUCAGGAUUUCCAGGUGUUGGCCGGAUCGGCUGGCUUCCUGCUGGCCAGCUAUGCCGUAGGAGCUGUGGGGGGCGUGUGUGCCCUGGCCAAUGUCCUGGGGGCUCAGGUGUGCCAGCUGGAGCGACUCUGCCUCACAGGGCAAUGGGAAGAUGCCCAGAAACUGCAGCACCGCCUCAUCGAGCCAAACACUGCGGUGACCCGGAGCUUCGGGAUCCCAGGAUUGAAGAAAACCAUGGACUGGUUCGGCUACUACGGAGGCCCUUGCCGCUCCCCCUUGCAGGAGCUGAGCCCCGCCCAGGAGGAGGCGCUGCGCCUGGACUUCGCCAGGAAUGGGUGGCUCUGAGCGCCGGUGGGACUGCCGGACCGCACCCACCUCAGCCUCCUGCCGGGUGGCGGCGGCCUGAAGGAAACGUGGGGGAGACGAGGGCUCAGGGUUCGUGGCUCCUCUUCUUACUUCAGUCCUCCAGGUAGACUUUCUCCAGGCACUACCAGGCAUGCUCGUUUCCUGUCCUCCCAGCCCCAUGAUCUCUGAUCUCUGGGUAUUUGUAUCCUGAACUCUGGGUCUUUAGAUACCUUCA